AUGAGACCAGCGAAAAAGAAGCAAGACCGUGCCUGUGAAGAGACAUCAAAUUCAAGUGGGUUUCAAAUACUCUAUGUGGUCUGGUCCCUCUUCAACACACUCUUCUUGAACUUCUGCUGCCUGGGUUUCAUUGCCUAUGCCUACUCUGUGAAGUCUAGGGACAGAAAGAUGGUGGGUGACAUGACUGGAGCCCAGGCCUACACCUCCACUGCCAAGUGCCUCAACAUCAGCGCCCUGGUCCUCAGCAUCCUCAAGGUUGUUAUUACCAUCGUGGCUGUCCUCUGCAUUUUUUUCUCUGCUAGUCGUCUUUACACUUAACAGAGGAUUCUGGCCUUUGGUCCUGACAUUUACUCCACCAUCCAUAACUACCUUCCUCCUGGCCCUCUACCCCUCGUUAUAUACAGAUGUAACCCUCACACACAUGUCCAUAGUGGGUUCAAUAAAGUGCACAUGGUAA